AUGAAGUUCGUUGCAAGCCACACUACGAUACCCGUGCCCAAGGUCCAUGCAUACAGCACCUCCAGGGAGCCGGGCGCGCACGGAGUCGCCUCCUAUAUGAUCCUAGAAUACGUUCAAGGCAAAACGUUGGACGAGCUUGGGGUAGACUUUAAAAAGGGGACGCCCGAACACCUGCGUGACAGCAUCAACGCCCAGCUAGCCGACGUAUAUAUCCAGCUGAGCCGCUUAGAAUUCCCCGCCAUCGGCCGGCUGGUUCCCUUGCCUGACGGCUCGGUCCGUGUCGGCAGGGCGCCCUUUUCGAACGCCAUGAACCAGCACCAGCUCGAGGUCGGGGGAAUGCCCGACAUGAUAAAAAAAUGGGGCGGUGCUCCGGCGGGCUUCACGUCUGCAAGCCGCUACAUCUCUUUCCUGCUCGACGGCGCCUUGGAGCUGUUUGACAGGAGCAGGGCCAACUGCGAGAACGAGGCCGACGCACGCCGCAGGCUUUAUUUCCUCCAUCACUCUUGGCCGUCAUCGACUGGGAAUGGGCCCUGA